AUGACAAAAGCAUUUCCCGAUGAGAAACUCAGCGGAAAAGAUGGCACCAGAUUCGGUUUGUCCACAUUCAGUUCCAGCUACACAUCACAUUUCUAUUUAUCAAAGUACACAAAGCAGUCAGAUUACCUUUCCGCAAUUAGUCGAGUUUCCUACGCCGGUGGAGGUACCUAUCUUGGUCGAGCUCUUGAAGAAAUUUUAACCGAUCAAUUCAACGAAGAACGAGGUCUGCGUCCAGAGGUAGAUGGCGUACCUCGUAUUUUGAUUGUUCUAACGGACGGUGGCGCGAGCGACGAUGUUUCACUCCCAGCAAAGAAUGUGAGAGAUGAAAACAUCGUUAUUUAUGCAAUUGGAAUCGGCGGGUAUAAUCUUGAACAACUUAAAGGGAUUGCUUCUUCUGAGUCACACGUUUACACGCUGUCUACUUUUACCGAACUUGAGAUAUUUAUUUCCACGCUAACGUCAUCAACAUGCUAUGAACCCCGCCCUGCGUCCCUCAACGAGACAAUAAUAACAGAUAUUGAAAAGGACACGUAUCUGUAUUUCAGUUACAAAGUAAAGGAAUCUUCAAACCUCGAAAUCAGUGUAGUCGAUUUAUCUGGUAGCACGCUUGUUUACGUCUCUCGCACCAAUCCUCACCCUUCCAAGUUCGACAAUGACUUUUCCUUCGACCUUUCACAGCAAAAGACCAAAAUCCUCAUCAUUCCAGCUCAGCCCAUACCAGAUACACGGAGAAAACGGUCAACCGACGACGACGACGAGCUCACACGACAAAUCUAUGUCUCGGUAACUUCCGACACUGAAUCAGCUCAGUUCAAAAUUGAAGCCAACGAAUGUAAUCCCUUGAACUGUACGGAGGGAACGAAUGAAAUACCCACAACUCAACCUCCUACCACUCACCUUUCUACAACUACUGGAACAUAUUCUGCUACUGCAACAACUACUACCAAAAAACCUACUGCCACACCUACUACUACAACACCGAAAUCCUCAGCUCGUGUUGUUAUCGCUACAAAGUUCGUCGUGGUAUGUUUUGCGAUGUUGAUUACUCUUCUUGAAAUACAUGACAUUUGA